AUGGCGUCUCUCGCCAAAGUCCUCGUCGUUGUCGCUGCCUCUGUCUCCUCGGUCGUCGCCUGUGGUGACCAUGCGCCUCCAGAGUUUUUGCGAAAGCGCGUUCCAAUGCCCACGCCAGUUGUCCAGAAUCCAGACCUCGUCAAACGCCAGUCUCAGCCCACGCCCUAUCCCACUGGUCCUGCUUAUGAUGUCCCUCCGCUCGCGUCCAUUACCGCGACGCCCGUGACUUAUACCGAGAACACUCUCCCCGUCAUCGCUACCUAUACCGCUGGUCAACAGCCUCCUAUUAGCAAUGCACCUCCGCUUCCUGCUUACACCAUUGUACCCAGCCAAUGGCCAGAUCUCGCCUCUAUUCCUCCCACAAACUCGCCAGAAGUUCAAGAGUGGCUCAAGGAACUCGAGGGUCAUAAUAUCCCCAAUAUUGCCGUCAACCCUACCGUUGAUUGUGGAGACGCCCGCAACGCAGCUGCACUCGCCAAUGCAGGCGCAAACGGCCAAUGCUGGUGGACGUGCGGUGGCUGCCUCCGCGACACGGACAUUAGCCAGUGCAAGGACCAAUGGGAUUGGGGUCACACAUACGAUGACGGUCCCGGGUUCUACACAAACAAGCUUUUGACCUAUCUUAACUCGCUCCCGUCCAAUUCCAAUGCAGAGGGUGCCGCAAACGCCUCUCCAGGCGUCAAGGCCACCUUUUACGUCGUCGGCGCUCGUGUCAUUUCUCGUCCGGAAAUCGUCGUUUACGAGUACAUGAACAAUCAUGAAAUUUCAGGUCACACUUGGAGUCACUCGGCGCUCACGACUCUCACCAAUGAGCAGAUUGUUGCCGAGCUUGGCUGGACACGCAAGGCUAUUCGAGACGUGAUUGGCGUCACUCCGCUGACGUUCCGCCCUCCAUACGGCGAUAUUGACGACCGUGUCAGAGCAAUUGCCCUUGCCAUGGGAAUGAGACCCGUUCUUUGGACGGCCAGCCGAGAAGGCGUGCCGGCGGGCGGUGAUUCGAUUCAAUGGGACACACAAGAUUGGCGUGUCCACGCCGGCACGGUCCAGUCCGUCGCUAACCAGGCCCAGUUUGAGCGCAUCAUGGACAGCUCUCCGCAAUUCGCCAACACGUCGUCCGUCUCGUACUCGCCUACACAGCAAGGUGUCGUCGUCCUCCAACACGACAUUUACGUCGAGUCGGUCAACCUCGCUAUUGGUUACACCAUUCCGUACGCACAGGCCCACAACCCCAGGUGGAAUCUCAAGACGGUCACCGAGUGCCUUGCUCGUUCGGAUGGACAGGGCAAGUUGUCGCUCCGCGAUGCGUACCUCGAGACGAAUUCGGAUAUGGGUAACCCAGCCUAUGUCGCUGCCUUGACGGGCAGUGAUAACGAGGGAACGACAUUGCAGACGACGGUCGUUGCGGAUGGUACCGUUACACGUACCCUCACCCGCGUCGCGUCGUCGACGGCUACGCCUGGUUCCGAUGAUCCCAAUGCUGGAUUCCAACUUUCUGUCAACGCAUUUGCCGUCGUUGCGUCGUUGGUCUUUGGAUCGGCUCUCCUCUUUUAG